AUGGAUUCUGCACUCUACGAGAGUUUCAAAGCACGUAUCCUUGUGGAUAUUAGGGAUCACGUCGACCAGGCCUACGACAAUCUACGGGAGGAGGACGCUAAACAAGACGAAGAGAGCAAUAACAUCAAGCAGUCGCACUGGCUAAAAUAUGGAGUGGCUGCGUCAUGGCUGAUCACAGGACAAUCUGGAGAAAUACCUAACGCACGUGGAAGCCGCUGGACUCCCGUCAUCAAACAGGCAAGGGGGAAGAAACCAGAUAUCGAACCAAACGAUCCCGGUAAUCUUGAGGCUCGAGUCCAGCAAAUUGAACGAAUCCUGCAGUUUCAACCGGAUACUUACGCCGACCUUCCGUUGCACCCUGCUCACAAAAUCAAAAAGGCAGGUGGGAUGAAGUCAAAUUUCGAUGCCAAAGCGAAUUAUGUCAAUCUUGAGGAUAGAGUCGAACAAAUGGAACGGAUUCUGAAAUCACAACCCGAGAUGCACUUGUCGGUUGACCGUGAUGAGCAGAGCUACGUGGAUGAGGCUCUUCCCCCAAUUUUUCAGGCACUCGAAUUACUCAAUGGCGAAUUGCAAUGCUUCAGAGCGGACCUGGAGAAUGUAACACUGUUGGUCAAUACACAGGACAGCACGCCUUACAUACCGGUCGGAAUGCCAGCCGGCGAGUUAGUUGAUUUAGCUCCAAGUGCCCCCCUCUAA